AUGGCAUAUAGAGACAAUCCGAGACGGGUGUACUCACCGGUACCCCCGCCGUCGUAUCAUAAUGGACGGUCGUCGAGAAGUGGUGGUGGGGCGUCGAGUGAUAUGUAUACGUAUACGACGGAUACGAACGUCACCGAUUCCGAAUACGCAGACCGUGCGGGGUGUGGAACAUGGGCGAAAUAUGGCAUUUUCACAGCCAAUAUCGUUUUUAUGAUAGUCGGAGGUCUACUGUUAGCAAUGGGAAUCUGGCUGAGGACGGAUAGUCGAUUCAGAAAUUUUAUAAGUGAAAGAUACCGUCAAGCCGUGGAAGACGCGUUUUGGGAGGCGCCCACGUUAUUCGCAUUUUCAUAUAUUAUCAUCAUAAUGGGUGCUGUUAUGAUAGUUGUUGCCAUGCUAGGUUGUUGCGGUAUCACUGGUAGAUCACGACUGUUCCUUGUGAUCUACUCGAUGGUCGUGUUUUUGCUGAUGGUGGCGACACUCAGUUGUGGAAUCUAUUUGUUGUAUAAGAAGGAUGGGCUCGACGUGGAACUCUCGGACGCGCUGAACUACAUGGUCCAACACUAUUAUAUGGGCCCGGGCGUCGUUCAGGAGGCCCUAGACAAACUACAAACUACAUUCCGGUGUUGUGGAAAUGCGGGGUGUUCUGACUUUCGAAUGUUUCGACAGGAUAUUCCAAGAAGUUGUGAUAUUCGAUGUGAUGGGUGUCAUUUUAGAAUAAUGGUCGCCCUUCGAAUCGGUUUCUCCGUCACCCUUAUUGUAUUCUUCGCUGUUGUUCUCUGCCAAUUAUUUGCAAUCUGCUUCUCACUUUACUUUGUGUUCAUGCGGAAAAAAGAGAUCAAAAUCAUCUACGUGGAGCAACCGUCUCGUGGCCGAAGACAUCGGGACCGUCUAACUCGGGAUACCCUCCGGGAUCAUGAUCUACCAUUCCAGUUGCAACCGAAGAAUCAGAGGAAGUAUGCAAAGUAUUGA